GGACGAAAGAGGGAGGCCAUGGACGAACAGCCUCUGGUCUGCCACCUUCGCCGCGCUAUGCGGUGCCUCCACGGCGCCCGAGGCGGAGCGCAGAGGCCGAGCGGAGUCCUGCCACCUGCGCGAGGCCGCACCGCGGCGGGCAGGCCCGCCGAGCGCGCCACGAACGGCGACGGCGCGGAGCGCACAAAGGGAGCCGCUCCGGAGGGCGAGCCCCUCGAUAAUCGAGGAGGGGGAGGAGGAGGAGCAGGAGGAGGAGGAGGACAAGGAGCAAAAGGACAAGGGCGAGGAGAAGGUUGAAAGCGCGAGCGCGGGCGCGGAUAUCCCAAGAAUCAACUGCACGGUGGAGAGACAUAGCUGACAACUGUGGGACACGCAGCGGCAAAUGCAAGUGUCACGCCGACCUACCCCACUACGGAAACGCUCCAUUGGGGUCGAUGCCAUUCUUCUCGAACCAACCCUCCUUCCCGAGCUCCUUCGCGUACUUGCACGCCAUGUCGUAAGGCUCCCCGUAGCAGUCUGACAGCUUCUUCCCGAUGUACCACAUACAGGACUGGCAAUCUUCCCAGCACCAGUGGGCACCGUCCCGCCUAUGCGGGCGCCCUUUGCAGAGAUUGUAGCAUUUAGUCGACAUGUUGUGCUUGGCCAUCAAGUAGACGCUCCCGAUGCAGGUGGCGCACGGCGUGGACACGGGGAAGUACGACUGGUAGCACGGCACAAACCCAGAAGUACCCGUCAUGUCCCACGACCCAGAAGCCUCGGCCCCCGUGUAGCAAGACCCUGUCUUGAAAUCCCCCGCGCGCAUGGCUGGUGGCAACUUCUUCUUCGCCUGCUUCAAGGCCAUAUCGUUGAGGAUCGUCAUGUCGGCGCUGGUGCACUGUGCUGUGCUACUAAGCGGCCAAGCAGCCGAGCCACUGUAAGUGUCGCCAGGGCUCAGUGGCGCCUUCCACGGCCCUGCCAGAUCCGACGUCUCGGUGAUCUUGCGGCCCUCUCCGACGAGCUGCUGCUCCUCCUCCUCCUUCGCCCGUCCAACGAAUUCGAAGAAGCCGCCGAAGUCAUACACUGCAUCAUCCUCCUUGCCGUCGGCAUCCACGACUGCUCCAUCCGAGAGCACACUCAGCUGGGUAGUCACUGGCAGGGAGGCAAGAACGAGUGCCCACCGGGAGCUCAUCGCGUGCUGACAAGUUAUCGGCGCAGCAGGCCAAAUUCAGUAGAGUUAUGCGUGCAGUCUGGUUUUCAGGUCUGUCUGAGCCGACGUGGCUACU